AUGCCGGCACUAGAAGAGACGGUGGCGGACGAUGAACACCAAGACAGUUCUGCGAUCGCCGAGGGUGAAGGCUCUGGUCGCCAUCUGCGUGUCCCUCCAAACCCAGCCUCAGUGAAGAUCAAUGUCGAAGGCGCCUUCAUUGUCGACGACGAGAUGAACCUCCGUAAUGGAAAUGGAAAUGGGAAUGGCAAUGCCAGUGAGCAUGAACACGUCCACUGGGAACACAAGGACAUCCGUCUCCCACAUCACACCGAUGUGGUGAGCCAUGUUGCGCUCGAUAUUGGCGGCUCUCUGGCGAAGCUGGUUUACUUUUCCCGCGAGCCGGGCUCAACGCACGGCGGUGGACGACUGAAUUUCCUCAACUUCGAGACGGACCGGAUCGAUUUGUGCAUUGAUUUUAUCCAAGAGCUAAAGAAGACGCAGUCCAAGCUCAAUGGGUCGACGCCGCAGGAACUGUGUGUCAUGGCAACAGGAGGUGGUGCAUACAAGUUCUACAAUCGGAUGAAGGAGUUGCUCCACGUCGAUGUCGUUCAAGAGGACGAAAUGGAGUGUCUCAUCAUUGGGCUGGACUUCUUCAUCACGGAAAUCCCGCGGGAGGUGUUCACGUACAGUGAAGAGGAGCCGAUGCAGUUCGCCGAGGCCCGUGCAGACAUCUACCCAUACCUCUUGGUCAAUAUUGGAUCGGGUGUGUCGAUGGUCAAGGUCUCGGGGCCUCGAGAAUUUCAGCGCGUGGGUGGGACGUCUCUAGGGGGCGGCACAUUUUGGGGGAUCCUGUCCCUUCUCACCGGAGCGCGUACCUUUGACGAGAUGCUCCGUCUGGCCGACAUGGGCGACAACAGCGGCGUCGAUAUGCUGGUGGGUGAUAUUUACGGUGGAGGAUACAGCAAAAUUGGGCUUAAAAGCACCACUAUUGCGAGCACGUUUGGAAAAGUGUUUCGCAUGAAGCGGAUGGCCGAAAGGCACGCGGAAGAUGGCGAGGGCUUGUUCAACGGUGAUGGUCAUGGCGACGACCACGACAUGUUACGAGGGUUCAAAACCGAAGACAUGGCCAGAAGUUUACUGUACGCCAUCUCGAACAACAUUGGUCAGAUCGCAUACCUCCAGUCAGAGAAGCACAACCUCCAGCAUAUUUACUUUGGGGGGUCUUUCAUCCGAGGCCAUCCUCAGACGAUGAACACCCUUUCCUACGCCAUCAAAUUCUGGUCCAAAGGCGAGAAGCAAGCUUACUUCCUGCGGCACGAAGGAUACCUCGGCGCUGUGGGAGCAUUCCUCAAGCGACAACCGAAGAACUGGGGUCGACGCAACAGUUUCGAGGAUAUCAGACUCGGUAAAGUGUUGUCGAGGGAAUAG